AUCGCGCACUCAUUCAGCCGGUAAUACGGGCCGCCGCUCGAUCUCACCGUCGACGACCAGCCGAGCACGAAGUAGCAUACGACACACAUAGAGAAGGAGCGGAGUCCAAAAGCUACCUCGACUCUACCCCCGAUGGCUCCUGCCGUGUCGUGCUGAUUCCGCCGUCGCGUGACGUCGCGCCGUCUUUUAAUAGUCCGCCUCUCUCUACACAACCGGAUCGCCUGGACGAUACGAUACGAUACGAUACGAUACGUACGUCGCAGCUCAUCGGGAGACGCGCCCUCGUUCGACCUUGAGCGACUAUAACCGGUGCAUAACGUUCGAUGUACGGAGCAUCAGCGCAUCACGGAAAAUUGUCGCUGCUGAUCGCAACAAGCCGACCGUCGCAAGCCCAUCACAAGCCGAUCGUCUCUUCGCCCUGUCUAUUUCCUCUUCGACGGCGGCGUCUACUCCUUGACGCGGAAUAGCCUCGGCGACGAAAUGGCGAAGAAGACGUAUGAUUUGCUGUUCAAGCUGCUGCUCAUCGGCGACUCCGGCGUUGGCAAGACCUGCAUAUUGUUCCGCUUCUCGGACGAUGCUUUCUCUACCACAUUUAUUUCUACGAUAGGUAUUGAUUUUAAAAUCAAGACAGUGGAAUUAAGAGGAAAGAAAAUCAAAUUACAGAUAUGGGAUACUGCUGGACAAGAAAGAUUUCACACUAUUACCACAUCGUAUUAUAGAGGAGCGAUGGGAAUCAUGCUUGUUUAUGAUAUCACCAAUGAAAAGACAUUUGAAAAUAUUGUCAAAUGGUUAAGAAAUAUUGAUGAACAUGCAAAUGAAGAUGUAGAAAAGAUGAUAUUAGGAAAUAAAAGUGAUAUGGAAGAGAAACGUGUUGUCAGUACCGAAAAAGGAGAGGCGAUAGCAAGAGAACAUGGUAUUAGAUUUAUGGAGACGUCUGCAAAAGCAAAUAUUAAUAUCGAUCGUGCGUUCAGCGAACUAGCGGAAGCAAUAUUGGACAAAACGCAUGGCAAGGAACCACAAGACGCGCCUGACAGAGUGACGGUUGAUCGAAGGGUAGAAAGAAGUUCGAAUCGGUGUUGCUAAUUUUAUACAUUAUUUAUUUUAAUGGUGCAUAACGAACUAUAUAUCAGCUCGUGCCACUCGAAAUAGAUUCCUUAAUAGAUCUAGAGCAUAAUUUAAAGCAUAAUAACAUAAACACUUCACAACACUGCCUGAUCAAAUACAAACAGUCUCAUUUUUGCUCCAAUACAAAUUCAUUUUUCUAUAUUACUAUUGAGAUAAACAUCGUUAAGAAAAAAAUAACGAUCAUUAUUGAACUCAAUAUUCGAAAAUUUUGUUUAAUAUUAUACGUACAUAAAUAUUGAUAAAUUUGUAAAGAUACGAGUGCUCUUUCAUACACAUGUAAACUAUCUACAAUUAUAUCUAUGGCAUAUAAACAAAGAAACAUCGUUUUACUAAUUUAUACAAUGAACAUUUGCAUAAACAUGCAAAUUUUGCUAACGGAUCUUCAUAUGAAAUAUGAAACACUUUUGCAUUGUUGCACGAACAAGAACUAGGACGUAUUGUUUGUUAUGAGGCUGCAAUUUGUUACCAUGUUGAAUGGUGUGAGUAUGAGUGUUAGCUUUUAAAUCUUGAUAAUCCUUUUUCGGACGUCAAACGCUUUCUUACGUGGAUAAUCGCACCAUAUAAUGCUUAUUUGUAUAUUAUGUUUAGGUGAGAAAGGCUUGAAACCAAAAGCUUUUACCAUUUUGUGUACGACCGACUUACUAUAAAUAUAAAUAUUCACAAUUUCAA